AUGGCGAAGUGCCCGAGAGAGAGGAAGAGGUGCGCCCUCGAUGCCGACGGGGUCCAACCGCCGCAAGUCCUCGCCGUCGUGGUCGGCGGGAUACAGGACCUGCACCGGAGCAAGCAGCAGCAGCGCCGCGCAAGUAGCAUCACUGAGCGCAUGACCCAACCCCCAUUGUCAUGGCCCCUCAUCGCCGGCGACCUCGACCCCUCGGCUCCUGGUGACCGGCGUUGCCGCCCCGUCGUCGACGGCGACCCCAUCCAUCUGCGAAUUGUUCAACAAAGGCUCAAAAAGAAGAAGAAAAGGAUCGGAGUUUAUUUCAUCAGGGCAAACGCCCCGACCUCGCUGUCGGACGCUGCUCGACGGAACCGCCUCGAUGUCGGCGCCCAGUGCCGCCUCGGGUCGCCUUCCCCCUUGCUGGACGCCUCGUCCUCCUCCCCGGACCCCUUCCAUUCGUCUGGGUCGGGGAGGGGCUCAAUCCAGUGCCUCCCUGCACCUCCCGUCGUCGCCGUGCUUCACCACCACGCCGAUGCCGCUCCACUGCCUCUCCAUCGACGGUCGUCGUCGAACUUCGCCGCCCUGAUCCCCUGCAACGGGGACCCCGAGACUGAUGUUGCCGCUGUGAUCGACUACGUCGACGACGACCCUUCUUCCCUUUCAUCGGAGCUUCCAGAUGGUGGAUCCCUGGAGCCAGAUGCCACUGCCGACGGAUACUGCUACUUGGAGACCACCGAUGACCAGGAGUAGUUAGGAGGUCCCAGGCAGGAGGCCUUGCCUCUUCGAUCGUUGCUUCUUUUGUGCUUGCCUUCUUAAGGCAUUCUUGUCUAACUUAUGUCUGUUCUCAGAUAUUGUU